AUGUCACAACAGCACCAGCAAUCGUGUUCUUGUGUGCUUUUGCAUUUUACGUUAAUAUAUUAUUUAUGCAAGUUUUUGGGAAUAUAUCCUCAAAGUGUAUCGGCGUAUAGGAAUAAGCACGCUUUGGAAGCAUCUAAAAGUGGUUCUAUCUUAGUUAUUAUUGUUAUGAUUUGGAUAACUGUUUGCUAUAAUAUCUUCAUACUAUCACAAUCCGAUGGAAAUGAUCAAAGAGAAGCGGACCGCAAUGCGUUAAAUUUUGUUAUCAGCAUAUUUCUAACGCAAAUAAAAAUAAUUUUAAUGGCUACUGACCAAUUAAGUUCUAUUUGCAAUCAAGGCAGACUCGGCGAGUUUUAUGAUCGUCUGUAUUCCAUAGAUAGCAGAUUAAUUAAAGCGGGUUGCGUACUUAACAAUGGAUCAUUGGCGUGGCAUUGCUAUGUUAUGGUAGCUAUGACAUUCCUUCUUGAAAUCAUAAUAACACUUCUUACCUAUGCGUAUCUACAUAAUUAUACGCAAUGGGUAUUAGUGGUGAUGUGGAUAUUUUCUUGUCUGCCUACUUUAUACGAUUCGUUGGACAAAAUCUGGUUUACUACUACCUUGCACGCCUUAAGGCAACGUCUUUCUGCGUUAAAUAGAACUCUCACUAAUUUAAAAGAAGAUGAGAGCGAUGAAUUAUCCUUAUUAAAAAUGGAUUACGUUAACGGGUUAGAAUAUCUGAAAAGGGUUUUAAAUGCCGGAAGAGUUGUUAAAUUUAAAAAUCGGAUGAGAUCAUUUGAUUUAAAUAAAGUGGAAGAAAGGCUGAUAAAUGUUUGCCAGUUGCAUGACGAAAUUUGUGAAUUGAUUCAAACAUUUCAUAAGAUGUGGACUUAUCCCAUAUUAGCUUUAAUGGCAUACGGAUUUCUAAUCUUCACCGCUCAAUUAUAUUUUACGUACUGCGUUGCACAAAAUCAACCGAUACCAAUAUUGUUUCGCUCGGCUGAAAGCCUUCUAAUGUCAAUCCUAUUUUUGAGCUACACUGGUGUUAAGUGCAUUUACCUGAUAUUCUCAAGUUGGAAAACCGCUUUGGAAGCCAAGUACACGGGAAUAGCUUUACAUAAAUAUGCGAUCAAUUUAAACGACAAAGCUGUAUACGAAAUUGUUAAUCAUUCGUCUUUAAAACUUUUAAAUCAUGCGUUUGAUUUUGCUAAUUGUGGUUUCUUAUCGCUAAGCAUGCGAACUCUCUGUGGCCUAAGCGGUGUUAUAACCAGUUAUACCAUUAUAUUGGUGCAGUUUAACUUUGUGGCACAACAAUCCAAGGAAGCAGACUUGAAGAAAAUGGAAUAA